GUCUUCUCUACCCUGGGAGCAGCUCUCUUGCCUUGGCCCCUCACCCCUGAAAAUGUAUGCCUGUUCCAGGUUCAUCUCUACCCGCUCCUUGGUCAGGAGCACCUCUCAGCUGCUGAGUCGUCCACUGUCUGCACUGGAGCUGAACCCACAGACACGGAGAGAUGAGGCCCUCAGCAGCUUGGCAGUCCCUCGUCCUUUGACCUCACUUGUCCCUAGCCGCAGCUUCCAAACCAGUGUCAUUUCCAGGGACAUCGACACAGCCGCCAAGUUCAUUGGGGCUGGGGCUGCUACUGUUGGGGUGGCUGGCUCUGGGGCUGGGAUUGGAACUGUUUUUGGGAGCCUCAUCAUUGGUUAUGCCAGGAACCCUUCUCUGAAGCAACAGCUCUUCUCCUACGCCAUUCUGGGCUUUGCCCUCUCAGAGGCCAUGGGGCUCUUUUGCCUAAUGGUGGCCUUUCUCAUCCUCUUCGCCAUGUGAAGCAGCUGUCUCCACUUCCACCUCCCAUAGUUCUUUUG